ACAAAGCCCAAUCAGAAAUCACAAAGCACAACAAAACCUCAUUGCAUCUAGCUAGCUUUUCUGUCUCCUGAAUUUCUGAUCAGCCAGCGAAAACCCAACGCAAGCUUGGUCACCAUGGGGUUUGCUUCCUGCGUCGCCGUAUGCCUCGCGUUCGCCGUUCUCCUCCCUUGGCACGCCACGGCGACGUCGCCGACGGGCACGAUACAGCGGGAGACGAAGCAGCAGAUCCUGGCCAGCAUCCCGCCGCACUGGCAGGAGAACCCGGUGCUGUUCCUGACGUCGCCGUCGGGCAAGUACACGGCGUACUUCCUGCGCAGCCAGACCGCGCCGGGCGCCGGCGGCCUCGGCGCCGACUUCUGCUACGUGGAGGUGCUCGACACCUCGGAUCCCGGCGCGGAGGGGCGGAGCGUGUGGGAGUCGGAGUGCCUGGCGGUGAGCACCGUGAACACGUGCUCGCUCGUGUUCUCGUGGAAAGGGCUGGAGGUGUUCGACGGGAGCAACUCGGUGUGGCACACCCACGACACGCAGUCCGACAGCCAGAACUUCCUCGAGACGCUGGAGCUGGUGGACGAGGGCGACAUGCGCAUCCUCGACAAGGGCGGCGAGCUGGCGUGGAAGGCCAGCGACGAGCCGCGCGCCGCGCAGCACUGCGGGAUGCCAGGCUCCCCCGGUCUCGCCUCGGCGUUCCCGCCGUUCGCCCAGCCGAUCGGCCACGGCAGCAGCGACCUGCCGUUCGGGUUCGGGAACGGUGACCACGUCGCUGGCAACGGCAUCGGCGGCGGCGCCGUGGCGCAGCCGGAGCUCCCCGUGGCGCCAGUGCCGCAGCCGGAGCUUCCGUUGGCGCCGGUGCCGCAGGAGGCUGAUCUCGGUGGCGCCGCCGGGGUGGAGCCGCAGGGACAGGGCGUGGGGCAGACGUCGUUCGGAUUCGGCGCCCAGCCGCUGGUGGACAACAGCCCGUACGACAGCGGCGCAUGGAAGCAGGUGGGCGGAUGCAGCCUCACCGCCAUCGGAGUUGGCUUCAUUCUCAACGUCGCCAUUGCCAUGGGCUUGGGCCACUGAAAUACUGAAUUCGGAGAAUUCGAGGGCAUAUAUGGUAGCUUCGGUGCUUGGAUGAUCACGUACAGUUACGUAGUGGUUUCUUUGAAAUUAAUGGUGAUUUAACUCUGGCACAAGAAGCCAGCGGAUGUGCGUGCUGUGUGUACUGGUGUGUUGCAGGUGGUGCUUUUUCUGGGUGUUUGGUUGUAUUAGUAUCGUGUUUGGAAAUUGCAAAUUGUAAUUGUUUAAACCUUUUCUAAUGGUUUUGUUUCAUUUUAUUA